AUGCCCGCCAGAUCGGGCACGUCCUCGUCAAGCAUGCACACCCGGGCAUCUUUUGGCUCCAGCAUCAUUGAGAGUUCUCCAGUACGCCAAUCACCGACGAGAAAUGGCGCCCGCAACCCUCGAGCAUCAGUCGCGCGGGAUCACUACGAAAGCCCCUCGCGGCAGAUGCAGCUUGAGUUCAAUCUGAAGCUCAGUAUCUCCGACCAGAAUUUCAAUGAGCAACUCGACCAAGCUGCUGCAGAACGUGCAAGGCUACACGAGGAGCAGCUUGCGCGAGCUGCAGAAGAGCAUGCAAAGGUGCUGAGGGGCGCCGAGCUGGAGCUGCAAAGACUGUCUUUGGAGGAGGAAAAGGCACGGCUGCGAAGCCAGGAGGAACAGCAAAAAGCAAUUGAGCAGCUGCAGAGAGAAAAAGCACGUCAGCAAGCAGAGGCGCACAGGCGGCAACUCGAAGCCCAACAAAGGGAAGAGGAGAUAGCGAGACAAGCUACUGAACACCAAAAGCAGCUUCAAGAGGCGGAAGCACGUCAAAAAGCGCAAAGGGAGCAGGAAGUUUCUGCCGAGAGACAGAAGAAGGAAAAGGAGGAUGCAGACAGGAAAGCCAAGGAGGCUGCAGAGGCUGCAGCAAAGGCUCGAGUGCAGCAGACCGCUCAGCAACAACAGCCGCAACCAGCACCGCUUGCCCCCGCCAUUGCAGCACAACCUACCACCACUACAAAAGCUCCGGUCGGCACACAAGCACCAGGCGAUGACAUCAAUAACAUACACACAAAAUACCUGGAGCUGCACAAGCGGAUGAAGGAAUUCAGAGUGACAUUUUGGAAUCAGAACAAGAAGGUCGGCCAGCCACUCAAGGAGCCUAUCGGCAAUGCUCGUCGAAAUAUGCGCCUCAAGCUCGGUCAGAUCAACGUCGCCCGCGCAACCAGUCAGCUGGCGAUCAAAAGUCUACGAGCAGACUCAUUCGAUAUCGCACUCAGCACCCCAGGCCCAACAGUCGAUAUUCGACCCUUCCUUGUCUCCCACUCGAUACCACCCCUUGCCAACGAGGCUGAAGCGCAGUACCCAGCCUUCUUGCUAUACAUGUGGAUAAUGUUCGAAAAGUUCCUCUUGAAGCAAUUCGAGAAGGAAGCAGCGAACGAAGACGGACGUAUCAUCCAAGAAAUUGGUCUGAUCGCUGCCAGUCUAUUUGCGGACCAGCGGUACAUGUGGAAGGGCAUCUCCCUUAUCGACGUCGUCUUGGCAAAGAUGCACCACAUCUGCCCUAUCCUGUUCGGUGUACGGGGCUCCAUGAACAGCGUCGAGGGACAAAGGCGCCUGGGCUGGAUGCCGAUCGAUAAACAGCCCCCAACCGGCGAGAUCUACAUGCAGCGCAUUCGUGGUUUGUCGGCAGGAUACGCGGCCAUGUCGUUACGAGCCUUCAAAACAGUGCCCGCUUUGCCAAUGUCUGAGUACUGGCGUGUUGUGGUGCUGGUAUGUAACACACGUCCCGAGGAUCUGUACCCUGGACACUUCGCCAUCCUGAAUGGCUUGUUGCGCGACUUUUACAAGAAAUUUAUGGGUUUCUACGGUGUUCAGGCUAGAGCUGUGUUGAGGCGCGCAAUUGUCGACGUACCGGCGCGUGCACCCCCACGAUGCAAGGAUGCUGCAGGUAUCAUCAGCGUGUUCCAAGAGCAGUGGAAGAAGGAGAACGUUUUCUUGAACUAA